UUCAGACAUAUCUUUAAUACAUGAAAUGUUUAUUGAAAAUCAUAACUUACUAAAGUUAGACGCAAUAAUUGUAUCUGGAGUCACUACGCACUCCAUAAAAACUAAAUACGCAGUAGUAGUAGAGGUAUUUGAAAAAAAACAUACAUUUCAUGUAUUAGAUGAUCAUUCGCCAGUACAGCAUCAAGGAAUACUAGGUAUUGAUUUUCUCACAGCAAACAAUUUUAUAUUUUCAAACGAGCGACUAAUUCUAAGCGGAAAAGAAUUUAAAAGGUGCGAUAAACCGCAUCCCGAUAACGUGAAAAGAAAACAAGACGUGUUAGUAAUAUUCAAAGAUGACACUGGAGCGAUCACGAGAAUGAAUGACUCUAACAAACCUAUAUUGCCGUCACACUUACAUUCUGAGAUAAAAGGCAUUGAAAGUUUUUACGAGACAUCAAUCUAUCCCAUUUCAGAAAAGAUAUUAGAUAACACGCGUUUAGAACUAUUGAAGGAAAAUACCCGUCUUUCACAUAUUCAAGAACAUUCCAGCGAGAUCUGGGAUAUCAUAACGGAAUUCCAUGAUAUUUUUACCUUACCAGGAGACCCUCUUCCUCUUACUAAAUUAAUUGAACACGAAAUUAAAACCUCGGACGAAAUUCCUGUUAACACAAAACAAUAUCGUUAUCCUCCAAUACACCAAGAGGAAAUUAAGAAACAGAUUAAAGACAUGCUUGCAAAGGGAAUUAUACAGGAAUCAGAUUCACCUUAUAAUUCACCCCUUUGGAUUGUACCUAAAAAGCAGGAUGCUUCUGGUAAACCCAAAUGGAGAUUAGUAAUAGAUUUUAGAAAACUUAAUGAAAAGACCAUUCAAGACGCUUAUCCGCUUCCAAAUAUAGACGAAAUAUUAGAUCAGUUAGGUAAUGCGCGAUAUUUUUCUGCUUUUGAUCUGGCAUCGGGUUUCCAUCAAAUCGGCAUGCAUCCCAAAGACAUUCAGAAAACAGCCUUUUCUACUCCAAACGGACAUUAUGAAUACACUCGAAUGCCCUUCGGUUUAAAAAAUGCACCUCCUACCUUUCAAAGAAUGAUGAAUCGGGGCUUAAAGGGAUUAAUUGGUAAUAAUUGCUUAGUUUAUAUAGACGACAUAAUAGUUUAUGGAAAAACAAUCGAAGAGCAUAACAAAAAUUUAAGAAUAUUAUUUGAAAGACUUAGACAGGUCGGGCUAAAAUUACAACCCGAUAAGUGCGAAUACCUCAAACCGGAACUUGAAUAUUUAGGGCACGUUAUUUCGGAACAAGGCAUACAACCUAACCCUAAUCGAAUCGAGAAGGUAAAAACUUACCCAGUACCAAGAAAUCCGAAAGAAAUCAAACAAUUCCUUGGGCUAGUCGGUUACUACCGUAAAUUUAUCAAAGACUUUUCCAAGAUAGCGAAACCGUUAACACGAUUACUCCAAAAAUCCUCAACCUUUCAAUGGACUAACGAACAACAACAUUCUUUUGAAUCUCUCAAAUCCAAGUUAAUAACGCAACCUGUAUUAUCUUAUCCUGACUGGAACAGACCGUUUGUUUUGACCACUGACGCAUCUAAUGAGGCCAUCGGGGCAAUACUCUCACAAGGAACAAUAGGCAAAGACAAGCCAUUGGCUUUUGCCUCUAGAACGCUUAAUAAAGCAGAGACUCGAUAUAGCACUACGGAAAAAGAAUUACUCGCAAUUGUAUGGGCGACAAAACAUUUUAGACAAUAUUUAUACGGAAAAAAAUUUACAAUCGUAACGGACCAUAAACCUUUAGUCUGGCUAAUGAACGUGAAAGAUCCUAACUCCAGAUUAAUGAGAUGGAGACUUAAAUUAGAAGAAUUCGAUUACGAAAUUGUUUAUAAACCGGGAAAAACUAAUACUAACGCCGACGGACUGUCACGAAUUCCAGUAAAUGCAAUCGACUCCUAUCUUUCCGAUGAAGAUAUCGAACACAUAUUAUCAGACAUAAUAAAAGAGAAACGCGAAAUUAAGAUUGCUUUUAACAAAGAUCCAGUUCCGGGAUGGUUAAAUAUUGAUCCGAAAUCUGUCUCCUUGGAAAAUCUCUUAACUUUAAUAUCACCAAUCAUUGAGGAUACAAAUGCUGAUCCUGACAAAUGGACGUUAUAUUUCAUAGGACCUAUUAAUACCAAGACACGAAACACUAUAGACGCUUUAAUUAACACGUACAACUUGCAGUCUAAAACUAAGACGAUAAUAGAAGAACGACCGUCUCAAUGGUUUGAAGAUAAGUUUCCACUACCAACUCCAACGAACGAAUACUUACCUGAAAACGAUUACGAAAUACAAAAGGGACCAUCAUCUUCUCCCUCAAUUCCAUCCUCAUCCAAACCAAAAGUGAAUAAACAAAUAAUAGUAAGAAAUCAAGUCGGUAGGCAAACCAAUAAAACAAUAUUAUUUAUCGAAACCCCUCCUGAAAUUACUAGAGAAAACGAAGUUUAUGUAUCUCCUCACGCAACUCACAGACAAUUAAGUAUUCAACUACAUGACUUUUUAACUGAGAACGAUCAUCAUCUAAAUAUAAUACACGAUCAGAAGGAAGUUAGUAAAUUGAUUUCAGUUAUCGACGAAUAUUAUCUUGGAGACAAAUUAUACAUUUACGUUUCUCAGUAUCUUCCAGAAAUUAAAAAUAAAAAUGAAAUUAUAUCGGAUGCACAUUCCGGCAUAUUAGGCGGUCAUUAUUCAACAGAAAAGACGCUUCAAAAGAUUAGACAAAAAUACAAUUGGCCAAACAUAACUGUUGACGUCAAAGAAUUCAUUGACAAGUGUGAAUUAUGUCAACUCAACAAGCCAGGUACUCAAAAACCUUACAUCUAUUCUUCUCCUGAUAUCCCACAAACUCCAAAUGACAAAAUAUCCAUCGAUAUCAUGGGACCGUUUGAAAUAACAAACAGAGGAAACCGGUAUAUCCUUGUUACCCAAGACUACCUGACACGAUAUAUUCUCGUAGAACCUCUAGUAGAUAAAUCUACGGCCGCGAUUAUUAGAGCCUUGUGGUACUCCUGGCUCAGAUAUUUCGGAAAACCUAAAGAACUACUUUCCGAUAACGCUUUAGAAUUUACUUCUAACGAAUUUAAGACACUUUGUGAUAAAUUGCAUGUAAAACACGUACUAACUUCAGUUUAUCACCCGCAAUCGAACGGAAAAAAUGAGAGAUCACACUUAAUACUAACCGAAUAUAUUAGACAUUACAUUAACGAACAAGAGCAAUGGGAUAUGAUACUACCCCAAGCAAUGCUCACAUACAAUUGCACAGUUAAUAAAAAUACAGGCUAUACGCCUUACGAGUUACAAUUCGGUAGGGAACCAAAUCACAUCUUCAGUGAAGAAGAUGAAAGGGUAACCCUUCAAAAACAAAUUGAAGACUCACGUCUUCAACACGAAAAUAAAUUGGAAGAAGCGCGUAGGAGCAUACGCGACUAUCAAAAUUCCAAUAUUCCUAUCAAAAAUUACGUACCAAUUGAAAGCAAUGAGUUGAUUCUUGUAAAGAAUUUCAAUGCCAAGUCAUUCGAGCCACAAUGGAAAGGUCCUUUUCCUGUUGUUCGACAUGACAAAUUCAUAACAUAUCAUAUUAGAGAAAACGGAGAAAUUAAACAAUAUCACAGAAGUGAUAUUAAACCUUUCGUUUCAGGCAAUAGGAAUGGAUCUGAUACGAAUCAUUCCGAUACUUCUUCUCCUGAUUCCCCAGGGUCAUCUUACUGACAAUGUAGAGAGAGAGAAGUUCAAGAUCGCUCAGCUAGAUGAUAGUGAAGUAAUUUACCUUGAAACUUUAGAUAAAGUAAAAUUAUACCACGAACAAUGGAAGAUUGUAGUAGGAUAUGAUUUAUCGGAUUUAGAGAAAAACUUUGCUAUACUUAAAAAAGCGUAUACUGAUUUACUUAACCAUUAUUGUGUUAGUGAAAGGAAAUGGAUAUGUUCCUCCCAAAAACGAAUAACUAAGCGAUUAGAUCAACUAAGCGAAAUAGAAAACGAAGUAGAGAACGUUCAAUAUUUAGCCGGAUUUCAAAAGUUAAAUAGAACCAAGCGCGGAUUAUUUAAUUUUAUAGGUGAAGUCAGCAAAACAUUAUUUGGAACUUUAGAUGAUACCGACGCGACCUAUUAUAAUAACGAGCUAGAUAAAUUGUAUGCGAAUCAGAAAAAUGUACAACUAAGUACAUGCAAAUUCAAAACACUUUAUGGAUCCAACUCCAUACAAAUCGGGAUUGGAUUGGUAUAGCUCCAAAAGAAGAGCUGGUGCAUGUACUUUGUUCCGAUAAAAUACCUCGUAGAGCACGAGUCUUUCGAAAUUUUAUACUUCAUUUAGAACCAGAUUGUACAGUAAUUUCCAAUACAGCUACUUUAAAACCUGACAAUAUAGUUGUAGACGAAAUCGAAAUACACAAGACUAUUCAUUUAAUAGACCAAAAAUCAAUUAAUGAGACACUUUUUCAAUAUCAAUUAACAGAUAUACCUAUGGACUUAAUAAAAGAAACUCAUAUUGAACCGGAACGAUUGCAAACUUUAGGCAAAACUUUAGAAGAAUUAGAUAACAUAGCGGAACGAAUAUCAACACAUCAAAGAACCAUUACAUGGAAAGAAAAAUUUAUGUAUUAUCUUCAAUUGGCAGGAUAUAUAGCCCUUGGCUCCGUCCUGUUUGUAUUUCUUUAUAAAAUCGGAUUAUUUUCAAGCAUUAUUUAUCUAUUGAAACAGCUGUGUGGAAAUUGCUAUAAUCAGUGCAGCUUUGGAAAUCGCGCACCUACGCAACAUGUACAUUACACGCCUCAUGCUCUACAUGUUAAUAAUGAACUAGAACCAGCAAUUAGACGAUUAGUCCGAACCAAAAUUUGAAUAAACCUCAAAUUUCUUUAUAAGGAGGGAGGUGUGAGCAUCGUCCACGUAUUUUAGGAAUGCACUUAGACAGAAUUAAGAUAUAUUGUUAUUAAGCAUAAAACUACUUAUCAUCUACGGAAUGCACUUACAGAGGAUUAGAGAUAUACUCCUAAUGUAUAUUUUCCAUUAUUCUGUUUUUAAGAAAUACUUUACAUUGUUCUCCUCUGAGUGUAUGGAAUUUCCCUUUUUUUCUAGUAAACAUAAUACGUCAUUCUACCCAUAUAAAUAGGGCACCCUUCGACGACAGAGUCAGUUCUCUCAGUUAACAGUUCACAGUACGUAGUACUCAGAAUCACGUAGUUAUAAGUAAUAAUUGUAAAAAUUUGUGAAAUAAAGUUUUUUUU